ACUACAGCUGCAACAACAACUACAUCUGAGCCAACAACAACAGCUGAGACAACAACUACAGCUGCAACAACAACUACAUCUGAGCCAACAACUACAGCUGCAACAACAACUACAUCUGAGCCAACAACUACAGCUGCAACAACUACAUCUGAGCCAACAACUACAGCUGCAACAACAACUACAGCUGAGCCAACAACUACAGCUGCAACAACAACUACAUCUGAGCCAACAACUACAGCUGCAACAACUACACCAACAACUACAGCUGCAACAACAACUACAUCUGAGCCAACAACUACAGCUGAGACAACAACUACAGCUGUAACCACAACUACAGCUGCAACAACUAUAGCUGCAACAACAACUACAGCUGAGCCAACAACUACAGCUGCAACUACAACUACAACUGAGCCAACAACUACAGCUGCAACAACUACAGCUAGGACAACAACUACAGCUGCGUCAACAACUACAGCUGCGACAACAACUACAUCUGAGCCAAUAACUACAGCUACAACAACUACAUCUGAGCCAACAACUACAGCUGCAACAACAACUACAUCUGAUCCAACAACUACAGCUGCAACAACAACUACAGCUGAGCCAACAACUACAGCUGCAACAACAACUACAUCUGAGCCAACAACUACAGCUGCAACAACAACUAAAGCUGCAUCAACAACUACAGCUGCAACAACUACAGCUGAGCCAACAACUACAGAUGCAACAACUACAGCUGAGCCAACAACUUCAGCAUUAACAACAACUACAGCUGAGCCAACAAGUACAGCUUUAACAACAACAACAGCUGAGACAACAACUACAGCUGCAACAACAACUACAUCUGAGCCAACAACUACAGCUGAGACAACAACUACAGCUGUAACCACAACUACAGCUGCAACAACUAUAGCUGCAACAACAACUACAGCUGAGCCAACAACUACAACUGCAACUACAACUACAACUGAGCCAACAACUACAGCUGCAACAACUACAGCUAGGACAACA